UUGUGUUUGAAACUGAGAAAUGCUGCAGCUUGCAUUUUGAGUGUUAGAGAAAAAUGAAGUUCAGUCCAUAAAUAAAUUUCUCCUCUGAGGGAGAUUUCCUCCUGACUAGAUUUAAUGAGGACUUCUCUCCAUAACUGACAGACCAAAAAAGAAAAAAAAAAUGGCUUCAGACAUCUUUAAGGAGGAAUACAACAACCUCCAGGAGGAAAAUGACAGAUAUAUGCAGCUCAUCAGUCAGCAGAAAGAUCACCUGGUCUCUCUGGAUAGGGAGAUAAUUGCGGCAGAGAAUGGAAUUCAAGAGAAGUUAAUAGUCCCAGGUGGCAUCGUCAAACACCAAGGGAGAUAUCACCGCCACUGGAAACAUAUUGGCAUUUUGGAAAACAAACUCAAGCAGGAAACUAUUAAGUUUGACGAGUUACUGUGCAGGAACACAGAACACCGUCAAGACACUGCUCACCUGCAGCAGCAGAAAGCCAUAGGGUGCAACGUUGAAGAGAAGUUAAACAGGCAGCUGGCUAUGCAGCAAAGCAUCAGGGAGAAACUGGAGGAGAGGUCCUCUAUCACUUUCAACCAGAGAUCAGAAGCUGAGAACCGAAUGCUAGAAGCGACGGAGUCCAUUAAGGUGGACACAGUGCAUUUUGCCAAGAGAAGGAUGCAGCUGAAGACUGUGAUCCACCAUUAUGGCAAACUGCACACUUUCAUGGAGAGGAAGUUACAGGAAACUAUUCCUUUAGAAGAGGAUGAAGACUCCAAGAGGAGAAAGAAACAGCUGCAGUAUGAGACUGGAGUUAGGAGGUUGGAGAUGUACAUGCAGGGUCACAGCACGCUAGGUGGAAGUCACUGGAGAAAGAGACCUUCGUCAGAUAGGCCAUGUGUUUAUUCAGAAUGAGCAGAAGAAUUUUGCUCACAUCAACUACAUCAACGAGCUGCACAACAGAGGGAACGUACUGAAGAGCUGCGUAGACAAGAUGAAGAGUGACUUACUGUUCCUUGAGCAAGAGAGCAGAGGACAUGAUGAGCAGAGUAUGAGCCAGCUUGAGAAGCUAGAAUCUGAGUUGAAGAUGUACAGCUGCCUGGCUGACUCCCUGGAAGAGCAGCGCACUGUGAUUCAGAAGAGUCUGGACCAGAUGAAGACUGCCAUCACCAGCCUUUGUGCCGAGAUAAUGCGAGAAUCCGUCACUGUCACUUCUGACAACAUAGCACACCUCACUAGUAUCCUUGAGGAGAGAAUCCGUAACCUGAUGAUCCAGGCCAACAGCAUGGGGGAUGAACAGAUGGAGUUACCGCCUCAGAAACUGCUGUGGGCCAACUCUGACUUGCUACCAGAGCUUGAGACGGUUGUGGAAACAGAUCGCGGCAAAUCUCCUGCACGCUCUCUCAAGUCUGCCUGAAAAUGGUCGUCGUCUUUUCACUGCAGCACACCAGCCUUUUACAUGUUUCUGGUGGCAAUAAACAACAUAUUACAGCAUCCUGCUCUAGCUCUUCAUUCU